AUGGCCAUACUAUUAGUUGUCGCGAAGGAACAAACAACUCUCCCUAAAGCUUGUAAUGCCAUCAAGAAGUUGGAAAAGAAACUUGAUAAGCUUGCACAGAACUUGGAAAAUCUAACUGCACUGAUCAGAAAGACUUCCACUCCGGGUAAAGAGUUGACCUAAAAUAUUUCAGCAUUAAGUUUUGGCUAAAAGUGAAUUUUAUUCCCUAUCUUACCGGAAAUAUUAUUUUUCCUUAUAGGCAUUCCCGCCUCCUCUUGCAAGGAACUGUAUGAUAAUCACGGGUAAGCUUACCGGUCGGCUAUAUGAUGCGUCACAUGCAUGUUACAAGUACUUUAUCUUUUGCCAGUUCACCCGAAGUGUGUAUUUAAAAAACCUCCAAGAGAGGAGAUAAAGUAAAAAGCGCAAUAUGGCUGCUGGGCUAAAAGAGAGGGAAUAGAGAGAUAGCAAAAUAUUUUAAAACAAAUGUAAUUUGCACGCAGCAAAAGUUUCGAGAACGCGCACCUCAGCGAAGCGAGAAUGGAAGACGCUUCAUCCUCCUAAAAUUUUAAUCAGAUGGUUUAAACCAAAAACAACAAAAAAAUAGUCAGAAAUUGGUCAAAAAUGAAUGAUUAGGCUCGAAGCCUCUUAUCUUGCCGGGUUCAAAGAUAAAUAAAGGAAAGGAAAUUUUGCGGCAAUUUUUGUAAUUUUCACAUAGUUCUAGUUUUUUUAGUGAGCACCUUGAAUUGGUACGAGACGAUGUUUCUCGCUUGACAUUAAUUGACAAAGAUCAAGAGGAUUGUUCAUUUUUGUCCCAUAAAUGUUUCUCCAUCAGGUUAACUACCAGCCGAGUGUAUACGCUGAAGUUUGAUUCACACAAGUUUUCUGUUUACUGUCACAUGGGAGACUUUGGAUGCGGAGAUGGACGAUGGACGAUGGCCAUGAAGAUUGACGGCACUAAGGUACAAGUUUUUCAGCUUAUUACCUAACUGUGAUAUGAAUAUUUAUUUUACGAUUCUCGUUUGCAGAAAACUUUCCACUACGAUUCUCAUCUCUGGAGCGACAAAAAUCCAUACAACAUUGCAGGAGCAAGAACUGGGUUUGAUUCACAAGAGACUAAGCUGCCGAGCUACUGGAAAACACCCUUCUCCAAGAUCUGCCUUGGUAUGAAGAUCGGCCACAAGAUAAGAUUCUUUACCAUCUACAAGCACGCCAACUCGCUACACUCGCUGAUCGCUGACGGCCAAUACCGCGCCACCUCACUGGGUCGAAUCACGUGGAAGUCACUGAUUGGUCCACAGGCCUCCUUACAAAAAUAUUGUAACAAGGAAGGGUUCAAUGCUAUCUGCAGCGAUAAACUACAAUCGAAAGCAAGAAUUGGUAUCACAAGCAAUGAACUGAACGAUUGUGUCUUGUGUGACUCCAGAAUCGGAUUUGGUACAGGAGGACAUUCUGACGACACCAACACGUGUGGAAAUGAGGCCAAAUUUUCCCCAGACAACGGAAACAAGCACAUCAAAACCAUGGGCUACAUCUUGGUUCAGUAGUAAAGAACGCGGAACUUUCCCAUGAGCAUUAAGAUUUUAGUCGGUUUGUUUAGCUCAAGUUUUCUCUCAAAAGAAACAAAAAUCCACGGCGGGACAUAGGUGCCACUCAGGUUAGAUGAUUUUAUAAAGAUUGCCUUGUAUUCUAAAUAAAGUGGGGAACAAUUAAAUUGAUGGUCGUUUUAGUUUGAUAUGAA